CGGAGUAGUAUAAAUUCAUGUUUCUCUCUCUAGCACGCAGUUGGACAUUUCACAUUCUCUCUCUUAAUUCCAACCAGUUUCUCUCACUUAAUUCUAGAGCCAUCCCAAGCCUGUGUCCUCUCUCUCUUAUUACAAAACGAUAAGAAAAUAUUUGUCACCUUUGUUCAAAACUGUUCUCUCUCUAAAUUCAAAGCCAAAUCGUGGUCUCUCUCUCUUCCCAUUCAAACCCACAUAGUGCUCUCUCUCUCUCUCUCUCUAGAUGGACCAACACCAUCGUAACCAGCAUCAAGAGAGAAUUCUCCCCAAGAGAAUCAUACUCGUAAGGCAUGGCGAAAGCCAUGGAAAUGUCGACUACUCGGCUUAUGUCACCACCCCAGAUCACCAAAUUCCCCUCACCCCACAAGGCCUCUUGCACGGCCGGGCCUGCGGGAGAGAGAUAAGAGAGAUGAUAGAGAGAGACAGUGCAGGCGACUGGAGGGUGUACUUCUAUGUGUCGCCCUACGAGCGGACGAGGGCGACGCUCAGAGAGAUUGGGAAAGAGAUAGGAGAGAGAAAGAGAGUGAUAGGAGUGAGAGAGGAGUGCAGGAUCAGAGAACAAGAUUUCGGCAAUUUUCAGGUGGAGGAGAGAAUGAGAGCUGUCAAAGAGACGAGAGAGAGAUUUGGGAGGUUUUUCUUUAGAUUUCCAGAGGGUGAAUCAGCUGCUGAUGUCUAUGAUCGAGUUACCAGUUUUUUGGAAUCCCUAUGGCGAGACAUUGACAUGAACCGGCUGAACCGAGAGGGCGUAUCUGACCUCAACCUCGUGAUUGUGUCUCAUGGCCUCACCUCUCGGAUCUUCCUCAUGCGAUGGUUCAAAUGGACAGUUGAACAAUUCGAGAGGCUCAAUAACCCAGGAAAUUGCGAGGUUAGAGUGAUGCAGAUUGGCUCAGGAGGAGAGUAUAGCCUCGCAGUUCAUCACACCGAGGAAGAGCUAGAGAGAUGGGGCCUGUCACCUGAGAUGAUAGCUGAUCAAAAAUGGAGGGCCACUGCAAAGAAAGGAGAGUGGAAUGAUGAUUGCCCUUGGUACAAUGACGAUUACUUUGAUCAUUUGCUAGAAUCUCGAGAUUCUGAUGAAGAGAAAGAGAGUGAGAUGGAGAUUCUCCAUGAAUGAGAAACUUAGGUUUUUCUUCGAUGGACAUCAGACCCUGAUAGAAAGUAGAUGUUCUCCACUGACAGAGAUUCCCCGUUCUUUACAUUAAGUGAAAUAAACCAGGGGCACUCUUCUUGGGGUUUCUUAUACCAUGAUAAAUCAAGAUUGUUGUUUGUUGUCAAUGAUUUCCGUCCCCUUCCAUGCUUCAGUUUUCAGAAACUGAUGUAAAUUCAUCCACUUGGGAUUUGUGGAUAAAUUUAAUUAAAAUUUAAUGUAUGCAUCACCUCUAUAUUUUGGUUUUCUGUGCGGUGGAUAAUGAUUACUAUUGCUAUGA